AUGCAGACUAAGCACUUUUUCUCCGAUCCGAACCACCUGGUUCUGACCGCGCUCCGCUCUCUCACCCUCACCAACCCGUCACUCGCAUUGGACGCCCAGAACAAGAUCGUCUUCCGCCGCCCAGAUGCACCCCGCAAGCCGGGCAAGGUCUCCAUCGUGACCGGCGGCGGCUCCGGACACGAGCCCGCGUUCGCGGGCUUCGUCGGGAAAGGCCUCUGUGACGCCUCUGUCGCCGGAACCAUUUUCGCCUCGCCGUCCGCGGAGCAGAUUCGCAGAGCCGCAAUUGACCGGGUCCCUACCGACAGUGGCGUUCUGAUCCUUCCCAACAACUACACCGGUGAUGUGCUGAACUUCGGCAUGGCGGCAGAGAAGUGCCGCGCGGCGGGCAUUCGUACCGAGUUUUUUGCCAUCAACGACGAUGUGGGUGUUGGCCGGGAGAAAGGUGGGAAAGUCGGUCGCCGUGGCAUUGGCGGCGGUGUACUCAUACUGAAGAUGACUGGUGCUCUGGCUGAAGCUGGUGGUUCUCUGGAAGAAGUCUACGGUUUAGCACAGUUCGCCAACGAAAACCUGGUCUCCAUCGGCUCCUCCCUAGAGCACGUACACGUCCCCGGCCGAGGCGUGCCCGAGGAUUUCAUCCCGAAUGGCGAGGUUGAGAUUGGCAUGGGUAUUCACAAUGAGCCCGGAUCCCACCGCACCAAGGCGAACCUGGUGGAGAUGGUCUCGACCAUGCUUUACCAGCUGCUCGACCCGAACGACACCGACCGCGGCUACAUCACCCGCACCCCCAAGGAUGAGUUCGUCAUGUUGAUUAACAACCUGGGCGGUGUCAGCCCGAUCGAGCUGGCCGGUAUCACCGACGAGGUCCACCGCCAGCUGGUGCGCGACUACCAGGUCAAGCCCGUCCGGGUCAUCCAAGGCACUUUCCUGACCAGUCUGAACGGCAUGGGCUUCAGCAUCUCGCUACUGAAGCUGGCUGACAAUGGCCUCGGCGCCGGCAGGUCGAUGCUCGAUCUGAUCGAUGCGCCCGCUGAGGCAGUGGGCUGGUCCGCCCCCAUCCCCGCCUCCACAUGGACGGACCGCGUCGACGCGCCAGUGGAGCUCAAGGACUCUAACCUCGCACAGGAAACCUCCAGCAAACUGAAGCUGGACCCCGCUGUCGUAAAGAAAGUGCUGGGCGCCGGCCUGAAGCGCGUCAUCGCCGCCGAGUCCGACGUGACACGCUUCGACACGAUCGUCGGCGAUGGCGACUGCGGCAUCGGCCUGAAGCGCGGCGCCGAAGCCAUCCAGGACCUCCUCGACAACGCAUCGCCCGCGCUGAGCGACGACGUAGUCAACACCGUCCUUCGGAUCGUGACGGUAGUCGAGAACGUGAUGGAUGGCACAUCCGGCGCGAUCUACGCGAUCUUCUUGAACGCGCUGGCGCACGGGCUGCGCGCACAAGACACCGGCACCGACCUCCCAGCGACAUCAGAGGUGUGGGCCAAGGCGCUGAAGCACUCCGUCACCGCGCUGAGCAAGUACACUCCCGCAAAGCCGGGCGACCGCACGUUGAUCGAUGCACUGGUGCCGUUUUGCGAGACGCUCUUCGAGACGCACGAUGUGCGCGUGGCCGCGGCGGCGGCGCAGCAGGGCACUGAGUCGACUAAGAGCAUGAAGGCUAGUCUGGGGCGCUCGGUGUAUGUUGGCAGUGAGGAGGAGUGGAUUGGCAAGGUGCCCGACCCGGGUGCGUAUGGGCUUAGUGAGUUCUUGACUGGGUUGGCAGAGGCGGUCUAG